AUGAAGGUCGAGCGUUUGCUCCCCGACCAACGUGACAGCACGAACUUUUAUGCCAUGUUCCGAGAGAUCGCCGCCGCGCACAUCUCGCGCACCGCCACCGGCCUUACAUCUCCCCCGGCGCACGUCGUCCCUGAGAUGCACGCCGGCCCCAACUUGGACGGCGCCGCCCUGGAGCUGGAGAUGUCUCCGCAGAGGCGCUACGAGCUGUGUGCCGACUAUGACGUGGAGAUCGACGAAAGCCUCCGAAGGAUGGAAGCGGUGGACGCCGGGGAGCGGCCCUGCCCCGACUACCUCACCAAGGUGCAGCACGGUCAGAUGGACAACUACAAGCGCGCCCUGCUCGUCAGAUGGAUGUAUUUCUUCACCCGACGCUACAACCUCGCCGACGGCACGCUCCACCGCGCCGUCGCCUACCUCCGCCUCCUCGGCGCCGUCGCCGUCUUCGUUGCGGCCAAGUACGAGGAUCGCUACACCACCCUGAAGCUGAACUCUGGCGAGGUUGCCUCGUAUGGCCUGUUCACCAAGGACGAGGUGGUGGCCAUGGAGACCAAGGUUGUCGCGGCGCUCGACUACAGUAUGGGAGGCCCCACCGCGCGCACCUUCGUCGACCACUUCACCCGGCGCGGCGGCGAGGACCCCCGCGACGACAUCGUCAAGUCCCUGGCGCACCACUUGGCGGACCUCACGCUGCUCGACUGCCGCCACCUGCAGUUCCUGCCGUCCACCGUCGCGGCAUCGGCGGUCUUCGUCGCACGAUGCACAAUCAACCAGAUGCGCGGCUUCAGGUGGAACGACGGCGUGAAGGAGCUGUUGGCGUGCACGCGCUACGCCGCCGAGGACCUUCGCGCCUGCAUAGCUGCCAUGUACGACAUGCACGAGCUCGAGACCUGGCCAGGUUACCAGCACAUGAGGAUCAACUACCAGAGGCAUUACUCCCUGCCUGAUCGACUUGAGAUGACUCAGCACAUCUUCUUAGCGGAUUAG